GCGGGUUAUCAAAUUCAGACGAAUUUAUUUUACUGAUUUUGUUUUAUUACAGCUCGGAAAAUAUAUAACGUAGAUAUAUGUAGUUAAAUUACAUUUUUAUAGCUCUGUCAUCUUUUAUAUAUUACUUGAACAAGCUUUUUUUGUUUUCAAGCAUAUGUUAUGAAAAAUGAUAACAAAUAAUAACACAGAUAAUGGUACAGACACGUUUUCUACGGCUAUAGUGAUUGAGUCAAUUUGUAGUUGCAGCCUAUCAAUACUUGGAUCUGUUGCUAUAUUUGGAACAUAUAUAUUUAUUCCGGAUAUACGAAACUCAGCAAGGAAGCUGGUCACGUGCCUGACAGUAGCGGACUUUGUGACGGCACUAGGAUACUUUACAUCGGCGUUCGCACAUCUAGCUGGGACACAAAGAGAAGUUUGCAUUCCACAGAGCGUGAUUACCACAUAUUCGAGUCUAGUGUCAUUUUAUUUAACGGUUGCCAUAGCGAUCCACAUAUUUGCAACCAUAGUGUACAAAAAUGACAAGACGUCAUCGUGGAAGUUCUUGCUUUGUGCAAAUGUAACCAGCUGGUGUAUCCCAGCAAUAAUCAUAUUAGCAGCCGGUGUAAAUGAUGUCCUAGGGAGAGAUACAACAGAAAGUGUUGGAACUGGUCCAUGGUGUUGGAUAAAGCGUGACCACACUAAUUAUGCAUUUUGGAUGUUUUUCACAGGAAAGGGAUGGGAAUUACUGUGCUACUUAAUGACCACUGCUCUGUAUGUUCUACUAAAGUUUUACCUAUUCUUAAAGUACAAACGACGAAGGUUUGCAGAUAUACACGAAAGUCUGAGGGACAAUGAUCAGAAUUAUUUAUACGUUUGGUUUGUUCUUUACGUGCUUCGUCUUUGGGGCUCGAUUCGGUCUAUAAUGUCACUGACAGGUGUUGAUAAACACAGUCCUGGAGAUUCAAUAUCCAAAGGGUUUAUGCACAUGCAGGCACUUGGUGACCCUGGACAAGCAUUUUGCAACUGCAUUUUAUUCUGCUUCCUUGACAAAACUGUUCGGUCAAAUCUUCCUGUUGUUUGCUUUGGCGCAAAGGAAAAUAAAAGCAUCAUUUUACCUGAGGAGAAGGAUCCAUUAGUUGUACCUAUUCGUCACGACGGAUGCGAAGGGGUUCCAUCAGAUGAAGAUGACGAGCACGGCCAUAAUUACGGAAGAAGCGGGCUGUAUUCAAGCUAUGGCUCGAUUAAACAAGGAGACAGUGCACAAAGCUACUACAAUGUCAGAACAGUUCCAGUCUAAACAGUUAACCAUAAAUUUGAUAACACUACAAACAGUUUGUGAUGACUCCGACAAGAAAUAAAACAGCAGUUUUAUCAAUAAUAAAUUUUGCAUUAUUUAUUAUCUAAAUUGUAGAAGAUUUUUUUUUAUCUAAUUAAGAAUUUAAUUAAUUUAUUUCGGAAUAUUGUGAAUUUCAUGUUUAAUUUGCCAAUCCGAUUAUGUCGUUCAUUUCGCAUGAACUCUGAAAAAAAAAUAAUGCAUUUAUUAUAUUUACAUAUAUUUUCUUUCCAUAUGUAAACAUGGUUACAUCAUAAAUUGCACACAUUUUUUUGCAUUUAACAUUAAAACCAUCUCGCUGGCCAGACGGAACAAUUGCGAUGUCAUCUAAGGAACAUUCUCCCUGACUAUACGUGGACGCCGUCAAAACAGCAGCUCAUUAUUACUAUGCAGCGUUGUCGUAACUUUGCAUUCGGCGCCUUUCAUUUUGUUGUUCAUACAAAAUGAACGUCAUAUGUUUCAAU